AUGGCGCCUCGGAAGUGUUUAGUCGGCCUGCGGGAGAUCGUGGCACUUCUCGUCCUAGCCGGUGUAGUGGAGCGGGUCAUGUUGGCGUCCUGCCCGGCACAGUGCGUCUGCGGAGGGGACUACACAACCGUGUCCUGCACUAAUGGGGGCCUUCAGCAGGUGCCAAAGGGGACGCCGUAUGGCGCGCUUUCAUUAAGCAUGAGCGGUAAUAACAUCACCAGAGUCGUCCACCAUCAGUUCGCGGGAUUUAGUCAGCUCCAGACCUUGGACCUCAGCUUCAAUAUGAUAUCGGAGAUCGAGGACGGGGCCUUCGUUGGCCUGGAAAGCCUGCACACCCUACAACUUUAUUACAACAGGUUGACCUCUAUUCCCACCGAAGCACUGGGACGACUUCCGCAUCUCAAAGAGCUGUGGCUGCGGGGUAAUCCCAUCAAUUGUUUGGACGCAGAUGCUUUCGCUUACCUCCCUAAUCUACAGUUAUUAGACCUAGGAGAGCUAAGACAUCUAGAAGCCAUAAGCAACGACAUGUUUUCUGGUCUUUCUAAGUUAGUCCACCUCAACUUCGCUGUUGCGAACCUACAGACCGUGCCUUACCUUGGAGAACUGGAGAGUUUAGAAGAGCUAGAUCUAUCCGGGAAUUCAAUAAAAGUAAUAGACAACGAGGCGUUUACGGGCCUCUCGAAAUUAAAAAGGUUGAUAAUUAUAUCAUCCCAAGUGACGGAAAUUAAGAGAUUUGCCCUCUCGCAUUUGAAAAGUUUGACUGAAUUGGACCUAUCGUACAAUAAUAUAUCUGCAUUGCCUUCGAACGAAUUCAUUGAGACGCCAUUGUUGGCACAGGUCAACUUGAGGGUCAACCCCUGGAAUUGUAGCUGCGAUAUCAUUUGGCUGGUAGAUUGGCUGCGAAGAAAGAUCAAGUCCAAAACUUGUGACGUGUGUGGGGUUUGUCAAAGCCCAAACCGACUGGAAGGGAUGUCGUUGUUUGACAUCAGGAGCGACGAUGUGAGAUGCGAAAACGGCAACAAGACAAAAAGUAGUACAGAAACCAAGAUCAACAUCAACGUCAUGGAGGGAGAUGACGCAUCUCUGCCUUGUAUCACAGGGAGAACAGCCGCUGUGAGUUGGAUAACGCCAAAUGGAACCAUCUUAAGAAGUAAAUCCUUUCGAGUCCGCGUCAAAGUCCUGGAGGAUGGAACGCUAAACCUCACGCGUGUUACCAUGCACGACGCGGGGUCCUACAAGUGCAUUCCGAUGGGAAACCGUGAGCCGUCUAAUACCGGUGAAGUAAUCACUACUCUUAACGUUACUAAGAAGGGAUCACAGAAGUCUGUGAACACGGAAGUCCCUUUGUUGGAAGAACCCGUCGCUAAGGAUAUAGGAGAUUUGUCAUGUGACACCGUCAAAGACAAUGGUGUUGUAAGGAACGUGUCUUUGGAAAACUCCACGACUAUCGCGUCUACACCACCGUCUGUUGACACGACAGAUGAUGGAAUGGAUGUUGACUACGAGCCUGAUCCGAACAAGGAUAAACCAGUGGACCAUCAAUGGAUUAUCAUCGGUUCAAUAGUGGGAAUUGUCGCGUUUGGGAUGUGCUUCUGGAGUACUAUCUUCAUCGCCCACAGGUUCAGGCACAGACAGUGUCGGCACGAUCACACCAGAUCGCCCGACGAUGACCAAGAUGACGAGUACAUGGUGAACGGGAUGGUACCUCAGACAUCCUUCUACGGUUUAGUCCUGUCCGAGGACCAGAAGCCAGAGUCCCCUCCCCCUGUGUACAGUAUAGAUGUUAAUGAUGAAGAUGCCUGUGACAUGUACCACGGUGUUAAAACGUUUAAGUCAGAUAAACCUAUCAAAGCUGUCAAGUCAGUCACACUUAAAGUGGAAACAGAAGUAUGA